CGCACCAGCAUUUAUUAUCAAUAACCAAAUGUAUAUAAUCAAGAUUUAAUAAAUGAAAUUAUUAAUUUUUCUUUAAAUAAUACUAUUGCUACGAAUGCACAUUCAAUAUCAUAAUGCAUUUUAUUAAGUACUUGUUAUAUUCAACAAUAUAAUUUUACUUUUGGCUUCAUUGAAACGAAUUACUCAAUUAUCAAUCCAUAGUUCUAGACUAUUAAAAGUACUCAGCUAGGUCGCUAUGAACAGUCAUACAAGACGUAAUAUUGCGAAGUUGAUUGCUGAAAAAUCAUUGCUCAGUCAAUCAUUAAAAAACUCAAAUAAAGCUGCGUGGUACAACGUGAGGAAGGAAAAUUUGACUGAUGAAGUAUAUGUUAAGUUUGUGCAAAUGUCACUGGACAAGGAUACUGAACAGUUUCUUGACGAUUCGACUGAGCAGAGCGAUAACCUUAUCACGCAGCUCUGGCAAUCAGCAGUGUCUACCGUCUUGAACGUUUUCAUGACGAAGACAUCGAUUAACGGAUUAUUAAGAAGAGGUUCAAUGUUCGUUUUUUCAUUAGAACAAAUAAGGAAAUUACUUAAUAUUACAUAUUUUGCCAGUGGUUCCUCUUUAGUGGAUUUAGGAGCAGGGGAUGGUGCAACCACUGAAAAAUACACACCAUUCGUUAAUCAUGUGUAUGUAACAGAAAAAUCUGGACCAAUGAUCAGAAUUUUAUCCCAAAAAGGUUUUAGAUUACUUAAUACUGAGACAUGGUGGAAUCAUAAAGAAAAGUUUGAUAUUGUGUCUUGUUUAAACUUGCUUGACCGAUGUAGCGAACCAAUUAAUUUGCUCAAUAACAUCAAAAAAUCUCUCAAAUCCAAUGGUAGAGUAAUAAUUGCUUUGGUUCUACCAUACAAACCAUAUGAUGAAUUUAAAAGUGCUGUUCCCGACGAAAAAUUGCCAAUCACAGGCGAGACUUUUGAAGAACAAGUGUCAUCUACAAUAGCAAACGUGUUUGAACCAUCAGGUUUCAAUGUUCUUUGUUGGACUAAAUUACCAUACUUAUGUGAAGGGGAUUUAAAUCAAGAUUAUUAUUGGCUACAUGAUGCCGUUUUUAUACUGUCAGUAUAAAUAAAAUAAUAACAUUCCAGUAUUGAACUUACUAGAUAUGUAAUUUCCUGUAUGUUUCACAAAAACAAUUAAAUUAUUUUGAGUUUAUAAAUUAUUUUAUUUAUAUAUUAAAAUCUACAUAGUAAACAUAUAUUUUAUAGAAAAAUUCUUACAAAAUAUGAUGUAAAAUUCUAAUAAUAAAUUACUGUUUAUUAACAAGUGAUUCAAUGUUUUAAAGUUAAAAUUUUGUUAUUGAAAAUGAUAAUUAAAAAAAAUACUCAGUUAAUUAUGUUAUACAUAAGAAUAAUUAAUUAAAAUCACAGAUAUAUAAUAUUUUGAGAAGACAAUAAUUAAAUUAAUUUGUUUAAA